CGCCGUUCUUUCGGAGAGCGGGGACGCGGGGCGCGCUGUCGGGCGGGGGCGAGGUUCGGGCCGGUUGUUCCGUUGCGAGCCUGCUGCCGUAGUCGCUUCGGCGGGCCCAGAAUUUUGCUCCGGCUUUGUAAUUAGAGAAGCUACUGUGUUGCUGGUGUUUCUUGGAGGCAAGAUCUGGCCCCCUGCAAGUUGAAGCAUUCCAAGGUAUAAUUGAAAACUGACCCUCUUCAAAGAUGUCAAAAACAAACAAAUCCAAGUCUGGAUCUCGCUCUUCUCGUUCAAGAUCUGCUUCUAGAUCUCGCUCUCGUUCAUUUUCGAAGUCUCGAUCCCGGAGCCGAUCUGUCUCUCGUUCAAGAAAGCGAAGGCUGAGUUCUAGGUCUCGUUCCAGAUCAUACUCUCCAGCUCAUAAUAGAGAAAGGAACCACCCCAGAGUGUAUCAAAAUCGAGAUUUUCGAGGUCACAACAGAGGCUAUAGGAGGCCCUAUUAUUUUCGUGGGCGCAACCGAGGCUUUUAUCCAUGGGGCCAGUACAAUCGAGGAGGCUAUGGAAAUUACCGCUCCAAUUGGCAAAACUACCGGCAAGCAUACAGUCCUCGUCGAGGCCGUUCCCGAUCCAGGUCCCCAAAGAGAAGGUCCCCUUCACCAAGGUCCAGGAGCCAUUCUAGGAACUCUGAUAAGUCAUCUUCUGACAGGUCAAGGCGCUCCUCAUCCUCUCGUUCAUCCUCCAAUCACAGCCGAGUUGAAUCUUCUAAGCGUAAGUCUGCAAAAGAUAAAAAGUCCUCUUCCAAGGAUAGCCGUCCAUCUCAGGCUGCUGGUGAUAACCAGGGAGACGAGGCGAAGGAGCAGACAUUCUCUGGAGGCAACUCUCAAGAUACAAAAGGGUCUGAGAGCUCGAAGCCAUGGCCAGAAGCCACCACUUACAGCACCGGUUCUGCAUCGCGGGCCUCAGUUUCUGAUCUGAGUCCCCGGGAGCGAAGCCCAGCUCUCAAAAGCCCCCUCCAGUCUGUGGUGGUGAGGCGUCGGUCACCUCGUCCUAGCCCAGUGCCAAAACCUAGUCCUCCGCUUUCUAGCACAUCCCAGAUGGGCUCAACUCUGUCAAGUAGUGCUGGAUAUCAAUCUGGGACACACCAAGGUCAGUUCGAACAUGGCUCUGGGUCUUUGAGUCCAUCCAAAAAGAGCCCUGUGGGUAAGAGUCCCCCAGCCACUGGCUCCACUUAUGGCUCAUCUCAGAAGGAGGAGAGUGCUGCUUCAGGAGGAGCAGCGUAUGCAAAGAGGUAUCUGGAAGAACAGAAGACAGAGAAUGGGAAAGAUAAGGAGUUGAAACAAACAAACACUGAUAAGGAGAAAGUGAAAGAGAAAGGGAGCUUCUCUGAUGCAGAUGCAAAAAUGAAAUCUGAUCCAUUUGCUUCCAAGACUGACACUGAGAAACCCUUUCGAGGCAGCCAGUCACCCAAAAGAUACAAGCUCCGUGAUGACUUUGAGAAGAAGAUGGCUGACUUCCACAAAGAUGAUAUGGAUGACCAAGAUAAAGACAAAAGUAAGGGAAGGAAGGAAUCCGAGUUUGAUGAUGAGCCCAAAUUUAUGUCCAAAGUCAUGGCUGGUGCAAGCAAAAACCAGGAAGAUGAGAAGUCAAGCAAGUGGGAGGGCCUGGUAUAUGCAGGGAAGGAAAAGCAGAGGAAAGCAGAGGAGUUAGAGGAGGAACCUUUCACAGAGAGAUCCAAAAAGGAAGAGCGUGGAGGAAGCAAGAGGACUGAAGGUGGGCACAGGGGAUUUGUGCCAGAGAAGAAUUUCCGAGUGACUGCAUACAAGGCGGUCCAAGAGAAAAGUUCAUCACCUCCCCUGAGGAAGACCUCUGAAAGCCGUGAGAAGCUGGGAGCCAAAGGAGAUUUUUCUUCUGGGAAGUCAUCCUUUUCCAUUACACGAGAGGCUCAGGUCAAUGUCCGGAUGGACUCUUUCGAUGAAGACCUUGCACGACCCAGUGGUUUAUUGGCUCAGGAACGAAAGCUUUGUCGAGAUCUAGUCCAUAGCAACAAAAAGGAACAGGAGUUUCGUUCAAUUUUCCAGCACAUACAGUCAGCUCAGUCUCAGCGAAGUCCCUCAGAAUUGUUUGCCCAGCAUAUAGUGACCAUUGUUCAUCAUGUUAAAGAGCAUCAUUUUGGAUCCUCUGGAAUGACUUUACAUGAACGAUUUACUAAAUACCUAAAGAGAGGAACUGAACAGGAAGCAGCUAAAAAUAAGAAAAGCCCAGAGAUACACCGGAGGAUAGACAUUUCCCCCAGUACAUUCAGAAAACAUGGUUUGGCUCAUGAGGAAAUGAAAAGUCCCCGGGAACCUGGCUACAAGGCUGAGGGAAAAUACAAAGAUGAUCCUGUUGAUCUUCGCCUUGAUAUUGAACGUCGUAAAAAACAUAAGGAGAGAGAUCUUAAACGAGGUAAAUCAAGAGAAUCAGUGGAUUCACGAGACUCAAGCCACUCAAGGGAAAGAUCAACUGAGAAGACAGAAAAAACUCACAAAGGAUCAAAGAAGCAGAAGAAGCAUCGGAGAGCAAGAGAUCGAUCCAGGUCGUCAUCGUCCUCUUCCCAGUCAUCUCACUCUUACAAAGCCGAAGAGUACCCUGAAGAGGCCGAGGAGAGAGAGGAGAGCACCACAGGCUUUGACAAAUCCAGACUGGGGACCAAAGACUUCAUGGGUCCAAAUGAAAGAGGUGGCGGCAGAGCUCGAGGAACCUUUCAAUUUCGUGCCAGGGGGAGAGGCUGGGGCAGAGGCACUUACUCUGGUAACAAUAACAACAGCAGCAACAAUGAUUUUCAGAAGAGAAACCGGGAAGAAGAAUGGGACCCAGAGUACACGCCCAAAAGCAAGAAAUAUUACUUGCAUGAUGACCGUGAAGGUGAAGGCAGUGAUAAGUGGGUAAGCCGUGGUCGUGGCCGAGGAGCCUUCCCCCGGGGCAGAGGCCGGUUCAUGUUCCGGAAAUCCAGUACCAGCCCAAAAUGGGCUCAUGAUAAGUUCAGUGGGGAGGAAGGGGAGAUUGAAGAUGAUGAGAGUGGGACAGAGAACCGAGAAGAGAAGGACAAUUUACAGCCUGCAACUGAAUAGGAACACUCCUGAUGGGAGCCCUUGCCCAGAGGGGAGAGGCUGGUGAGGAGCUAAAUAGAGGAGCCUCAAGAAGAUCCUGAUAAUUCCACCCCAUCCCCCACCAGCCAGGCAGAACCCUACCUAAUGGAAGAUAUCCCUGGUGCAAGACAGAAGAGGCCCACCAGAGCGCCUGGGGUCAGGCUCAGUUUUGAGCUGUACACACUGGGCUCAGCUGCGUUUCUCAUUUGUUAUUGGUGUAUGGAGUGGGGGCUGGGGUAGGGAGAGCAAUGCUGAUGCUCGAAUUUUGGUUUGUUCCCUAUUAGAAACCAACAGUUUUCAUUUCAUUACAUUUGGAGCUAAGAGGACUAAUUUUGAUUUUCAGUCUUUACCCCUGCCCUGAUUUUAAAAGUCCUUAUACCUUUUUUCCUUUUUUUUUUUUUUUUUUUAAAGGGAUAUGUAGUAAUGUUAGCAGAAAGAUUUAAUUUGGGCAACUUUGAUUCCUAAAGAGAAAACAAAGCAUGUGAAUAAACAUUGACGUGUUCACCUCAGUUUGGGACCAAACUGCUUGGAUCUUCGUAAAAACUGGUUUUGUAUGUCAAGGAGGAGUUUAAGGCCUUUCUGGAACCCCCCACCCCCGUGUUCCCCUUUUUGCACAGCCAUGUGUCACAUGGAGAUGCUCCUAAGCCACCCCCAUGCACCCUUUUUCUUAAUUUUUUUCUGGGCUGGGUUUCCCAUUCUCCACCAGCAGCUCCAGUAUCCCAAGCUUUCUAGUCCUGCUGGUCCUCAGCAACAGGGAUGGACUGGUGGGCAGUUUCUGGUCUGUUUUCUAAGAAACUUCUGAAUUCUAUUAUCUUUACAAAUAUAAGAUGAGAAAAUAAUUUUUUCAAUAUUUUUUAUUAAUCUUUUUAUAAAAUGAAAAGAAACUCCUAUGGUCGAUUAAGGAAGGUGGUUUAUGGCUGGGGUGGUUUGUGGGUUUUGUUUUGUUUUGGGUUUUUUUUUUUUUUUUUUCCUUAACCUUAAGUUUUAAUUUGAAACAUUUUCAGAUGUUUGGGGGGGGGAACAUCAUCCUCUUAAAAUGGGUCCUUGUGCUUGCCUUUGGGGAGGCGGUCCUGAGCUGGUGAAUUACACAUCACUUGAGCAUAUGUUCUAUGCAGACUGCACCCUCCUUGUCCCCCCAGCCUUGGCUCUUGGGUUGUUGUGCUACUUUCCCCUUACUUUGCUAUAUUUCUAUAGUUAAGUUGGUUUUACUUGAAUGAUUCAUGUUUAGGGGAAAACGAAGAAAAGACCCUAAAAAUUUGUUUCAACUCCUCCUGCAAAUAAAAACAAUAAAUGAAGUGGCAGAUGUAAA